AUGGCGAUCAGGAGCUGGAAAAAUAUGGCAAUACUGAAUGCUGGUCUCCACGAGUCAAACUCCUCUAUGCCUAGGGUAUGGAUGCCUACGAGGCUAUAUGCAAUGAUGAGACCAAUGCUGGACCCAAGCAUGCUCAAGGACAAGGUCUUUGUAUGCGACCAGGUGUCUGCGCAGCCCUUUAUCUUUUCCAUAAGCUCUGUUCCUUUUCAAUUCUUCCCCAUGGUCACCUGCCAGGUGCAUGUCUGCAAAGGAAUUCGGCUCGAAUCGUUCCUGCCCAACAUCCAGCUUGCCAACGACAUGCGCGGCUUGGGCUGCCUUUAUCACCUCACCGAUCUUCGAUGUCAUAUUUUUGCAUCCCAAGACCCAGCACUUGAACGAUGGCCUGUUUUCCAAUUUUUUGUCACUCGCUACAUGCCGCCUUCAGCCAAGACAUGUGAUAAUUUUAUACAGCCGACCGCACCAGGUUCCUUACUUUCCAUUUGA